AUGGAGAACGAAAGCGCCGUGCUCUAUCCCAACCCGAAAGUUGGCGAGAGCGUUUAUAAUUACGCCUGCGCUAAGUCGCUCAGCCUCCCUCCACACAUCGAAGACUAUCAUGCUUGGAUUUAUGCCAGUCAGGGCCGGAUGGCCAUGAUGAGCAGUUCUAUCUUCCAGGGCAAGUCUUUGCACUGGCUGGCCCGUGUGAUCGGUGCGAAGAGAGUUCUGGAAAUAGGUGUCUACCUUGGCUUCACGAGCCUUGUUUGGGCUGAUGCUGUCGGGCCCCAGGGCAAGGUUGUGGGUCUUGAGCUGUCCGCUGAGUACGCGAGCCAAGCCCGCAAGAUUGCGAGAGAUAACGGCGCUCAGAACGUCGAGGUCGUCGAGGGCGACGCGGCAGAAUUGCUUGGAGAUCUCUCCCCCGAAGAGGCGUUUGACAUCAUCUUCAUUGACGCGGACAAGGAGCGUUAUCCUGCCUAUUUGGAUUCUAUACUCGAAAAGUCCCAGCCCGGCGCGAAAAGCCGUCUACUUCGCCCUGGUGGAAUUAUCAUCGCCGACAACGUAAUCCGUCGCGGCCUGGUGGCAAACAGUACCGACGAGAAUCCCUGGGCGGAAAGGUUUAGGAACAUUGGGCUUUGGUCGGAUAAAGAUAUGGAGGCGCUGGACAGUUUUAACACGAAGGUGGCCACCAACCGUCGCCUCGAGAAUCUGCUACUCCCACUGUUUGAUGGAAUGGGCAUGUCUAGACUAGUUGACUAA